AUAACACUGCCCCAUACACUCUUUCCUUUUCUUCUCUCAAAGUUGCUGAGCUAGCUCAGCCAUUGUUGUCAUCCUCGAAGCUUUUUCUUUGUUUCUCACUCAAACACCCUCUUACUUUGGUCUUCAACCAUGGCUGCUUUAGUACUGCUUCCACUGCUCCUUCUGACCGCCAUGACCGGCCGCUCAAGUGGGACAUGGUGUAUAUGCAAAGAUGGUGUGAGCGAUGCAGUGUUGCAGAAGACAUUGGACUAUGCAUGUGGAGAAGGGGCAGACUGUAACCCUAUCCACAUGAAGGGUCCUUGUUUCAACCCCGACACUGUUAGGGCACACUGCAACUAUGCUGUCAACAGUUUCUUCCAAAGGAAAGGCCAAGCUCAAGGCACUUGUGACUUUGCUUCCACUGCCACUCUCACUAAUUCUGACCCUAGCUAUGUUGGUUGUCCUUUCCCGGCUACUGCAAGUGCCGCAGGCACCACCACCACAACACCAAAACCUACACCGUCAACCACCACACCCAACGUCAACCCGAUCAACAACAAUCCGACAAGCACGACACCGUACGGUUCAACAACGCCUACCGGAAUGUUGGGAGGAGUUGGCAAUGGGUUGAGCCCGUCCAGUGGUGGGAUCAACCCAGAUUACAGUACUGACGGAGGAUUUAGGCUCCAAUAUUGCUUCUCAUCCUAUGCAACCCUCUUGUUUUCGGGAUUCAUGCUAUUGUGGGGUUAAAAACAAGGGUGCCAGUCGGAAACAAUGUCUUUGGCUGGAAAAAUCCUCUUUUAGUGUAUGGUGUUGUUGAUCUAUGGACAUGUUAGCUAAGGUUUAUGGAUUUUAUUCAUUUUAAGGCGUGACUUCUGAGGUUAUGGAUACCCCAAGGUUUUAUGUACAUUUAAAUCUAAAAUUUAGAAUGAAUUAAGCUACUUCAGUGGUUAAGGAA